UUCUAGAAAGAGGAGUGUGUGUGUGUGUGUGACUCUACUCCAGGGAGAGUAGACAGAAACAUUUCCAGAGCUAUACAAGGAGAGAAUCUGUACAGGAGGGGAGAACUCAACAGGAGUCGGUUGACAUUGGGAAUUUAUGCAUAACAGCGAGCAAUGCUCGGCACCCUGGGGACGCUGGAUGAGUCUGAGCAACUAUGAGGACAGCUAUGUGUGAGUCAGUAACAACAGGAGUGUGAGUGACUUGCCGGACGGAGGCGAUGGUUUCCGGGAGGCUCCUCAUGUGAUUUUCCCUGACACACCCAUGCCUCCUGCUCCAUGUGGGAAACCUAGGAUGGAACACACACACUGCUAUGCACAGUCACUGGGACAACUGCCUGUGCAGCCACUCUUUCACACACUCUGACACGCAUCACCGCCGCCGCCACCGCUCAGACUUGACAGAGGAAGAACCCCGGAAUUUUCCAGAACCAAUUUUACGGUAUGUUUGUGAAUCUUCGGCGAAUCCGCAAGUGCCAGUGCUUGCAGCUAAUGACCACGUGCCUGGUGCUGUCGGUGGUGAUUGUGUGCUGGGAUGGCAGCGUGGUGAGCCACGUCAAGGCCUACUCCUACCGCUACCUGGUCAACCGUUACACCUUCAUCAACAAGAGCUUCACCAUCCCGCGUCAGGAGGCCCACAUGUUCAGCAACCACCGCUACCUGCUCAACCACCCGUAUAAGUGCUCAGGAGAGAAGAAUGUUUUACUGCUGCUGCUAGUCAAGUCCUCCCCAGAGAACAUUGAGAGACGGCGAGCCAUACGGUCGACGUGGGGCAACGAGACCUACAUCCACCAGACCCUGGGGGUGACGGUGAAGGUGGUGUUUGUGCUGGGCCUCCCCAAGCAGCAGGAAGCUGCCCAUACUCAGAGGAGCCGAGGGGGCACCCAGGACAACCUUGUCCGUGAAGACCGCUUGAAUGGCGACUUGGUCCAGCAGGACUUUGUGGACUCGUUCCACAACCUAACCCUCAAGCUUCUGCUACAGUUUCGGUGGGCGCACGCCUACUGCCCGCACGCCCGCUUCCUCAUGACGUCUGAUGAUGACAUUUUCGUGCACAUGCCAAACCUGGUGCGCUACCUUCAGGACAUAGACAGGAAGGGCGUUACAGACUUCUGGAUCGGUCGCGUGCACAGAGGCGCGCCACCCAUCCGCCGGAAGGAAAGCAAGUACUAUGUCCCAUACGAGAUGUACCCGUGGUUGGCAUACCCGGACUACACGGCAGGGGCGGGUUACGUUGUCUCUAGAGACGUGGCGAACAAAAUCUACCAGGCUUCGUUGACCCUCAACGCCUCGCUGUACAUCGACGAUGUCUUCAUGGGCAUCUGUGCCAACGCCAUGGGCGUGUUGCCGCAGGAGCAUGUGUACUUCUCAGGUGAGGGCAAGGCGCCCUACCACCUGUGCAUCUACGACAAGAUGAUGACGUCGCACGGCCACGUGGCCGACAUAUACGAACUCUGGAAAGCCGCCACGAAUCCGGAGGUCAAACGGGUCACGUCAGGACUCUUUGGGAGGUUGUAUUGCACAGCUGUGAAACUCACCCUUCUCUGUAGACCUUAUUUCUUAAACAGCUACCCCUGCAAGGCAGCCUUGUUGUAGUACAGUAAACCUAUGUACUGUGUUUGCUCCAAAAUAGAGCGAGGGAUCAUUUUGUACCAAAUUUUUCUUUCUUCGGUCUCCCGUCAUUUGAAAAGGAUGAAGGAGGGAAGGCCUGUUUUUUUGUGUUGAUGGAGGAAGAUACUCAUGAGUCAAAUCUAUUGCUGUAAAUUUGGGUUUUACAGUGACCUAUCUAUAUUGCUUUAUAGUGACCGUCUAUCUAUAUGGCCAGCAGUGGUCCAAUUCUUGAUAUCUUUACGAUGUAUUGAAGAGCAGAGACUGAAUGUGAUGAAUAAGGAGAUGCUAUCCAGAGAUAAGGAUGACAAAUAGGAUUCUAAGUGAAUUUCCGCACCCACAUCUCCUUUCAUUAAACUAAUUGAGAGAAUAGCCUAAAAUUCUGUUAUUCUGUUGGUUAUGCUGCUGUGGUUUAAAACUAACUGUGGAUGGACACAAUUGGCUCAUUGUCUGUCGUUUCACAGUAAGGUUUGCUAAAGUUAAAAGGAAGAUACCAUUUAUUUUUUUAGAUUUCAAAACGUACCCAAUGUCAAGGAUGCAUUUGAAACUGACAGCAAGCAUUUCAAAUGGAUGUUGGGGUUAAAGAAGUCUUCAAAACUCUGCAGCCAUAAGGUGGCAACUGUCUUAGGUGAAGCAGUACAUUAAUGUGUAGCAUAUGUUUGAGUUAUUAGUGGUGACUAGUUACAUACUGUGCCCGAGGUUGGCAUACCCAGACUACAUGACAGGGAUGGGUUAUCAUGUGCGAGUGCCAAAAGUGUCUGUUACGAGGUGGAAAAUUCCACAGAGAUUCAAAGUAUUAUGCAUAUCAGCUGAUCUCUUAUCAUUAAUGAACAUUUAAAUGAACAUUAAUGAAUUGUUCUGUAAAUUAAAGGAGGAUGCAGGUGGGAAAUAUACAGCUUGUUUCAAGCAAUUUCUUUGUAUUACAUUUGGAAACCCUAACCAAAGCAUAUAGGAAGCCUUUUCAACCUGUCGCAAAGCAAAUAAGAAACAAACAAUGAGGUGGUAUAGACUAACUGUGAAACAAAUUCAUCUCAGAGAAAGGUUGUUGAACCACAGAUCAUAUCCAACCCCUUUCAUGGGUUCUCUCUCUUCACCAUAGCAACUGUAUGUUGAGCAGCGGGUGGGGGAGUGGGUUAGAUGAGUGACACACAAGCCUCACCACAAAGCUCUGGGUUAUGUUCCUGUGGACAUUCUGCAUGAUGGCUGUUGACAUGAGUUCACUCUUGAUAUACAAGCCAGUGGAGGUUCUUCCAGGAUGUACGUCUGUAGAAAUAUUUAAUAUAAUGAAACAUAAGCCUGUAAAUUAAAUAAUUGUAAUCAUUAUAGCUGUGAACUAUUGAGGGCAAGAUGAGAAUAUUAAGCAAACAAAUGCCUCAUUGCCAGUGUCUAUAUACAAAAGUAUGUGGACACCCCUUCAAAUGAGUGGAUUCGGCUAUUUCCACCACACCCAUUGCUGAAAGGUGUAUAAAAUCGAGCACACAGCCAUGCAAUCUCCAUAGACAAACAUUGGCAGCAGAUUGGCAUUACCGAGAGCUCAGUGACUUUCAAAGUGGCACCGUCAGUUCGUCAAAUUUCUAUCCUGCUAGAGCGUUCAACUGUAUGUGCCGUUGUUGUGAAGUGGGAACGUCUAGAAGCAACAACGGCUCAGCCGCAAAAUGGUAAGCCAUAAAAGCUCACAGAACGGGACCGCAGAGUGCUGAAACGCGUAAAAAUCAUCUGUCCUCGGUUGCAACACUCACUACCGAGUUCUAAAUUACCUCUAGAAGCAACAUGAACACAAGAACAGAGCUUCAUGAAAUGGGUUUCCGUGGCUGAGCAGCACACAAGCCUAAGAUCACCAUGAACAAUGCCAAGCAUCAGCUGGAAUGGUGUAAAGCUCACCGCCAUUGGACUCUGGGCAGAGAACGCUACCUGCCCCAAUGCAUAGUGCCAACUGUAAAGUUUGGUGGAGCAGGAAUAAUGAUCUGGGGCUGUUUUUCAUGGUUUAGGCUAGGCCCCUUAGUUCCAAUGAAGGGACAUCUUAACACUACAGCAUACAAUGACAUUCUAGAUCAGUGGUCACCAACCUUUUCUGAGUCAAGAUCACUUUUGCAGUCAAAAAGCAAGCUGAGAUCUACUGCUCAGAUUCUCAUUCCUACAAACAGUUGUGUAGGAAUGAGGUUUUGGCAGUAGGCCGAAUAUAUUAUCACAGCAUAUUGACUAUAUGAUGGCCUGCCAAUAUUGUUAAUCAGACCAUAUUAUAUUUCAAAACUUGAGCUUUGAUAACAAAAUAGAUCAGUUGGUUUACCAUUGUGGAGCAUGAAUUGAAAUCAUUUGCUUUUUAUUUUACUGGACUGAUGGUACUUGCAUCUGAUGUUCAAGGAGGUCAAAAAGUCGGAGCUCUAGAAAGAUGCCCGAGUUUCCGACUUGGAAUGGCCGUUCAAAACUAUUUUUCCCAACCUCCUCUCACGGUCCCUGCUCUCUCCUUCCUUUCCUCCGGUGAGACUGACCAGAAAGAGGGGACACCGUCUUCCACCAAGUGGUUGUUAAAUGGUUGUUAAUUAAUGUUGUUCCUAUGACCAGAGAAUGUUAAAUAUUCCUUAAUAUUAAAACCAAUAUGACAAGCUGCUCAUAAUAAUAAAACGCAGGGCUAUCGAUACUUGGCUACUCAUUCAUUGCAGCUGCAGCAUGAGAAGCGCGUUUUGUAAUAGUGUUGAAUAAAAACUGUGACAGUCCUGAAUAUAAACAUGAGCUCACUCAGAAAAACAGCAGCGCUUUGCUGUAUUCGUUGACAGUCUCUCUGUGUCCAUGGUUUUAAAAGUUAUUAAAUCUGACAUAGGCUAGUAGCCUACUAAACUUGGCUGUAGCCAGGGUCAUGGAAGCUCUGUAGCCACGGUGAUUUGAGCUAUCUGAUUGGGCAGCACAAUAGGUGCACUCGAUUUAUUCACAGAUUUGCCGGUCCGCCGGGUAGGCGGAGUUUGUCUCAUGGGAACACUUUGCUUACCCGGUGCGCAGGGCUUUUGAAUCUAGUGCACCUACCGACAACAGCUCAACGAGAUUUUUUAAAAACGAGCGCAAGACUUUAUCGUUUGUUGGUUUUUCUACAGAAAUAUUUGGUUAUCGACUAGGAAUGUCUUGAAGUGAUCGACUGGCUGGCGACCACUGUUCUAGACGAUUCUGUGCUUCCAACUUUUUGGGAACAGUUUUGGGGAAGGCCCUUUCCUGUUUUAGCAUGACAAUGCCCCCAUGCACAAAGCAAGUCCAUACAGAAAUGUUUUGUUGAGAUCGGCGUGGAAAAACCUGCACAGAGCCCUGACCUCAACCCCAUCGAACACCUUUGGGAUGAAUUGGAAUGCUGACUGCGAGCCAGGCCUAAUUGCCCACAUCAGUGCCAAACCUGACUAAUGCUCUUAUGGCUGAAUUGAAGCAAGUCCCAGCAGCAAUGUUCCAAUAUCUAGUGGAAAGCCUUCCCAGAAGAGUGGAGGCUGUUAUAGCAGCAAGGGGAAGGGGGACCAACUCCAUAUUAAUGCCCAGGAUUUUGGAAUUAGAUGUUUGAGGAGGUGUCCACAUACUUUUGGCCAUGUAGUGAGUGUAUCAGCUUCAAAUGUUUUUGUCUUUCCAGAUCAGGCUGACUCAAAGAUUUGUGGGGGAGAGUUGAAGAGGCAUCUAGCCCAUUGCUACAGCAUGAUGUCAUGCAUGCCUCAGAGACAGUAGCCUCAAAACUAUAGCUCUAUUGUUGUUGAUGUAAAACUUUUAAAAUUGGGACUGUUCUGUCUCCAUAAUGUCAGUUACAAAUAGUUUUGAGGAAGUGCAUUUCUGAUCUGUUGCAUAAGUAAGAUAAGAAUUGGUUGAAUCCUUCAAAACCAAAUAAAUUGGUCAGUGCUAUGAAGGAUACUUGGGAUGCCCCUAUCCUAAACCCUAUCCUUAACUUUAAAAUGUCAAGUUCAAUAGGGGAGAGAUAUCCCAAAAUCACAGACCCCAAAAAAUCUGUUGUUUUGGGCAUAUUUUCUCGUGGGCCUUUUUCCUAUUUGUGCGUUUUCUUUGUAUAAUGGCGACUUGUUCUGAAAGAGGUGUGUAGGAAUAUCUUUGGGAUUAGCCAUUCUCCAAACAUCUGGCCUGUUUCCAAGGCAACUGCACAACGAGAAUAAUUCACACAAAUGAUUAAGAGGGGCCCAAAACACGGUCCAACAACCUACCUCUCACAAUUCAUAGCUACUACUGCAGUGCACAUGUAACUUUCAUUUUGCCAUUGAAAGGUCCUGUUCAGAGUGACACAACUACCCAAAUAUAUUCAAUUUUCUUGUUUUUAUCACUUUUAAGAUAUUAUCGGAGCUUUACAAAGGUCAACCAGUUUUUCUCCAGCCCCUUGGAAGACUUGCUUCUCAAUCCGAAAAACAUUUAACAAUGCAGCAGAACUGGUCCUUGUGGAAUCAGCCAAUCUCUAUCCAAAUGUCCAAUUAGUUUAUUUUUUCUUCUCUCUACCCUCCCAAUGCGGUCCUGCCAGCAUAAUUGCAUUGACUUCUGUGAACGUGGGAGUCAAAGAACAAAGUUCAUGUGCUAAAAAUACAUGCAUUUACCAUAUCAUAGCCAAUUACACAUUCACUGAGGUGCUCAGUGCCCCUGAGGUAGACUAUAAUUAUAACUAACCUGCCUGCCUCCAAUGUACACAGAGGUACUGAGAUAUGGAGAAUUUAUACAAACAUGCCUGAGUGCGUAUCCACCUAGCUAAAUUCAACAGAUUAAACUAAAGGCCAUACAAACUUGCCUGCUUUAUUGCUACAAACAGAAACAGUACUAUUGUGUUCUAUACAGUGCUUUCAGAAAAGUAUUUACACCCAAGACUUUUUCCACAUUUUGUGCUAUAAAGUGGGAUUAAAAUGGAAUUGUCAUCUGUGAACAAUCUACACAAAAUACUCUGUAAUGUCAAAUGAAAAAUAAAACAUGAAUAUAUCUUUAUUAGAUAAGUAUUCAACGCCCUGAGUUAAUACAUGUUAGAAUCACCUUUGACAGAAAUUACACCUGUGAGUCUUUCUGGGUAAGUCUUCAAAAGCUUUCCACACCUGUAUUGUGUAACAUUUGCCGAUUUUUCUUUUCAAAAUUCUUCAAGCUCUGUCAAAUUGGUUGUUGAUCAUUGCUAGACAACCAUUUUCAGGUCCUACCAUGAAUAACUCCAGUGUAGGUUUGGCCAUGUGUUUUGUUAUUGCUGAAAGGUGAAUUCAUCCCCCAGUGUCUGGUGGAAAGCAGACUGAACCAGGUUUUCCUCUAGGAUUUUGUCUGUGUUUAGCUCAAUUCGAUUUCUUAUUUAUCCAGAAAAACUCCCCAGUCUUUCAACGAUUACAAGAUGCAGCCACCACUAUACUUGAAAAUACGGAGUGUGGUACUCAGUAAUGUGUUAUAUUGGAUUUGCCCCAAACAUAACACUUUGUAUUACACUGUGCAUUAGAUCAGUGCUAUGGAGUAACUACAAUGUUGUUGAUCCAUCCUUAGUUCUCGUCAGUCAAUAAACUCUGUAGCUGUUUUAGUCGGCCUCAUGUUGAAAUCUCUGAGCAGUUUCCUUCCUCUCCGGGAACUGUUAGGAAGGACGCUUGUGUCUUUGUACUGACUGGGUGUAUUGAUACACCAUCCAAAGUGUAUAUUUUACCCAUCUACUGUCUACAAUGUCUUGAGUGACAUUUCAGUUUACAGGUAGUCACUGUAAUUUUCAACUGUACCUUGUCCCAGUCUAAUCCCCACAUUUUAUCACUCCAAUCCUUCCUUUCCCAAACUGAGCAAUCAGGGGAGAAGGGCCUUGGUCAGGGUUGAACUCUUUGGCCUGAAUCUGGAAGACACCAGGAACCAUUCUUGGUGGCAGCAUCAUGCUGUGGAUAUGUUUUUCAGCAGCAGGGACUGGAAUACUAGUCAGGAUCAAGGGAGAUGAAUGGAGCAAAGUACAGAGAGAUCCUUGAUGAAAACCUUCUCCAGAGUGCUCAUGACCUCAGACUGGGGCGAAGGUUCACCUUCCAACAGGACUCUUAAGCACACAGCCAAGAUAACGCAGGAGUGCCUUUGGGACAAGUCUCUAAACGUCCUUGAGUGGCCCAGCCAGAGCCCAAACUUAAACAUCUCUGGAGACCUGAAAAUAGCUGUGCCGCAACGCUCCCCAUCCAACCUGAGAGCUUGAGGGCUCCGUACCGGUACCUCCUGUAUACAGCCCCGCUAUUCUUAUUUACUGCUGAUAUGUUCUUCUUUACAUACUGUUUUUAAAAUUACAUCAUUGGUUAAGGGCUUGUAAACAAGAAUUUCAUUGUAAGGUCUGUUGUAUUCGGCGCA